UCAACUGCAGUGAACAUGUCUGGAAGAGGAAAGACCGGCGGUAAAGCCCGUGCUAAGGCAAAGACUCGCUCCUCCAGGGCCGGGCUACAGUUCCCAGUCGGCCGUGUCCACAGGCUGCUGCGGAAGGGUAACUAUGCCCAGCGUGUCGGCGCUGGAGCCCCGGUCUAUCUGGCCGCUGUGCUCGAGUACCUGACUGCUGAAAUCCUGGAGCUGGCCGGGAACGCCGCCCGGGACAACAAGAAAACCCGAAUCAUCCCGCGUCACCUGCAGCUCGCUGUGCGCAACGACGAGGAGCUCAACAAGCUGAUGGGAGGCGUGACCAUCGCUCAGGGAGGAGUGCUGCCCAACAUCCAGGCCGUGCUGCUGCCCAAGAAAACCGAGAAGCCAGCCAAGAAGUAAAUCACUCGGACGCCGCUUUUAGAUCUUGUAAACCCCCAAAGCUCUUUUAAGAGCCACCCACUUUUUCU